AUGCGCGAUGCAAAGAGGCUGUUCCCAUGGUCUGGCAACCAGAAACAACUUACCCAGGCCUUUGUAACCGCUCUGCAUCUAGAUCCUGAAGAGGCCCAGAUUGCCUGUCUACUUCGCUUGUUAGAAGGAUUUAUCUUCCAGACUACAGGAGAUGAACCUUUUGAGAGUGGAUUAAUUCACUUCCUGGCCGUAUUAGGCAUUGAUGAGUCUACCAAACGUCCUAGAGCCGCCCCUGAUUUCUCUUACAUGUUAGCAGGGGUGGUUUACUGUACACGCGUGUUGGCUGUUGAAAUUCUGCUCCCAGCUGCCACACGUAAGGAGAGGCAGCUACGUAGUCAAGAGCGGGAAAAUUUCAUCACAAUAAGAAGGAAAUACCUGGUAGAUGGGUCAUAUAGCCCAUUUAGCGAGAUGCUAAGCCUUCUGGCUUACUCAAAGCAUAUCGCCUUGAACGCUGCAAACACCCCAAUGUCAAUGUGGUCUAAUAACCGCGAUACUCUCUACCUACGUGGUCAGCCAAUUCAGUUGUUAGCUUUUCAAGCCAUGGUUGCUGGCGUACUACAAAAGGCGGAAAACUACCUAUGGGAAGAAUUGCUGUGGACGCCAGCAAGGGGAGACCGCUUCUAG